GCCGAUUCUAUCGCCCUCUUCUGGUAGAAAAUCGACAAAUUAAUUCUUCAAACAUAACCCCUAAUUUCUCUCCGAAAUUGGGUUUUUGUACUUUUAUCUGAGACUUAAGCGAUUUUUUCGAACACUUUUGAGGAAUUGGAUGAAAUAUAAAGUGUUUAGAUAGAGAAGAGAAGAAUUUUUGUUAGUGGAAAUUACGAAUUUUAAAGAGAAAUUUAAGUUAAAAAAUGGACGAGGCUUUAGUGACACCUUGUGCAUUCAAAUUGACUUUUUCGAAGCAAAUUUACCGCGUUGAGCUUUCACCUUACGAAUGGUCUCAACAUUUAAUUUGCAUCGCCCUAGAUCAGGAAAUCAUUGUCGGCACGGUAAAAUUCCAGGAAGAAGACGAAAUUGUCGAUGAUAUUCUCUACACUCCUCUGAGAACUUUCCACCACGAAACUCGAGUUCAUGCGAUUGCCUGGAGUCCAGAAACGUCGCUGAGCGUUGUUCCAAAAGUUGUUUCGUUUUGCAUUGCUGGUGCAGAUUUUAAAAUUAGAAGAUACACUAGUAAUUUGAGCGAUUUUAAUACCUACGAGAUUUUAGAUGGACACAAAGAUUACGUGAAUUCGAUUUCUUAUGAGCCGGAAGGCGAACUUUUGGCUUCCGUUUCUGACGACCACACCUGCAAACUUUGGGCAGUGAAAGAGGAGGAACAAAAAUGCAUUUCUACAUUUUUUCUGACUUCACCAGGAGUCAGUGUCUGUUGGCAUAGCGAGGAAUCGGGAAAAUUGCUCGUUGCUGAGAAAAAUGGGUUGAUACGAAUGUUUAAUGUCCGAAGCCAACAAGCGAUUAUGUCUUUGGAUGCAGGAACUGUUCCUUUAUCGGCUGCCGAUUGGGGUCCAAAUCCUUUAAAAGUCAUCUGCGUAGCUGCUGGAGAACUUUUGCUUUGGGACGUCUCCAGGCCCAGCCGACCAGUAGAAAGUCGAACUCUCCACGUGGAAGGAGGACUAACCGUAAAAUUUUCUUUCGCAAGUGAAAAUCUUGUUGCCAGUAUCGGCCGACCAGAUACUCUCCUGAAAAUUACGAAUUUGAGCACAAAACAAGUAAUUCUCUGCGGAAAAAUAAAACUUUUUGGAGGAUUAAGUUGGCAUCAAAGAUUGCCCUACGUUUGCGCAGGAAGUGAUAGAGAACUUCUAUUUUGGAGAAUAAAUAAUAAAUAAUAACUCGACGUUAUUUUUCGAGAUAUAAUUCUUUAGGAAAAGUAAGUAACUUUUUUGUGUAAGAAAGUAUAAGCGAUGAUCUAUUUUGUAUCCAUUUUAUUGUUUUUUUAGAUAUUGGGACUUUUGAAUAUAAAAUUAAGAU